AUGGGUUCAGUUUCUCAUCCACCACAUUUUGAUGGUGACAACUAUGCUGCGUGGAAGUCAAAAAUGAAAUCGUUUUUAUGGGCGCAAGAUGACAAGGUGUGGCUUGCUGUUGAAGAAGGUUGGGAACCUCCAACGAUUGAAGAAACUAAAGAUAAAGGAGAAUCCUCUGUGUCGAUAUCUAAGCUUAAGCCUAGGAAAGAAUGGAGCAAUGAUGAGCGUAGCUCUAGCACUUUUAACCAAAGGGCUUUGAAUUCUUUAUUCACAGCCGUUUCGCCUGAACAAUUCAAUUACAUAAGUAAGUGUACAACGGCGAAAGAAGCUUGGGACAUUCUUGAAGUUACUCAUGAGGGUAACUCAACUGUUAAAGAAUCCAAACUUCAACAUCUCAUCACAAAAUUCGAAAAUAUCACAAUGUCUGAUGAUGAAAGUUUCUCUGACUUUUAUGCUAAGCUUAGCGUAAUUGUCAAUGGCUGUCACAAUCUUGGUGACAGUAUUCCUGAGCAUAGGAUUGUGAAAAAGAUCUUAAGAUCACUUCCUAUGAGGUUUCAUGCUAAGAGGACAACGAUUGAGGAAUCGAAAGAUCUAAACACCUACAAGCUUGAGCAAUUGAUUGGGUCUCUGCAAACGUACGAGUUAGAGCUUCCUGAUUCUAAGAAGAUGAAAAGCAUUGCUCUCAAAGCUGUCAAAGAAGAAGAAAGUGAUGGCUCAAUUGAAGACUUGUCCGAAGAUGAAUUGGUUGAAUUAACCAUGCAAAUUAGAAGGUUUCUCAAGUCUCAAAAUUCCAAGGGUCGUGAGCAACGAACCAACUCAGGCUAUGGACACAUUGCUUAUGAGUGUGCAAACACUAUCAAGAGAAAAGAGAAAAAGAAUAGGGCAAUGAAGGUCACUUGGAGCGAUAGUGAUUCAGGGGAUGCAUCUACGUCGGAAUCUGAGAAGGAUACGAUUGCGUUUAUAGGAACUGUUGAUGGAUAUGACACAGAAGAUUCAUUUGUUGAAGAACCUGACUUGGAAGAAGUCUUGAGAAAAUAUUCUGAUCUCUAUGAUAUCAGUGUGCAAGUAAAAAAGGAUAACUCUAACUUGAAGAAGAAACUUGCAUUUGUUGAAAGUGAAAAGAAAGAAGCUGAAGUUGAGCAUCAAUCUCAGUUGGACAAUGGAGAGAAACUGCGAGAGUCGCUGUUAGAGAAGAUUCACAUUCUACAAACCACAAUUAACACUCUCUCGUCUGAUAAGAAAGCUCUUGAGGACGAAGUGGUUGAGAUGAGAAGAAAAGUUCAUGAGUUGAGCAUAGGUUCGGGGAAAAUUGACAAGAUGCUUAGCUAUGGAAAAAGUUUUGGAGACAAAGGAGGUCUAGGAUUCGAGUCUACAAAGACUGCAAGUUCUUCUUCUGUCACCAGAUUUGUCAAAGCCUCUGAUAUUCCUAGUUUGAAAGUAGGUGACGAUAAAUGUUUAGGUCUUACUCCCAAAACAUCUACAAUCUUUGCACAUGUGUCAAAUCCUGUCAAGACUUUAAUUAAUCUUAACAAACCCAAACAAUCUAGGAAGUUCAUUCCUAUAUGUCAUCUUUGUGGGAUUCCUGGUCACAUCCGGCCGAAGUGCAAUAAGCUUAGAAAGAAAAAUUCUUCUCAAGAAAAAGUUUCAAGGAACUUUGAAAAGAAAAUCUUAAGGAACAAUUUGUGA